UUCUUCGGUCUUGACGAUGGUGGUUGCGUGCUUGAGUCUUGCGUGUUGCUAUCGCCAUGUCGUCCUUGCAAUCGCGUCCUGGGUUCAGACGGCCAAAGGUCCCGACCUUAGGCACGAUCGAUCAGCAAGAUGACGACAAUGUGGCACCAGAUGUUAUUGCUGUUGAAACUCCUACAAGAAAAGCUUCAACAUCACCCUCCAAGAUCAGCUCUAAAGCUCAUCCAAACAAUGUCAAAUUCGAAGUCAUGCUGUUGUACCUCCGGCAGCAACAACUCGAAAAGCGCUGGGCUCAUGAGGUCAAUACAACCGAAGGCGUGAUACUGAGGAGAGGCAAGGAUGACUAUAUCUGCCAGCCUUCAGAACUACCCAAGCACGUCAACGGAUUUUACGACGAAGCGACAAAGCUCAAUGUUAAGGUCGCCAUGACCGUCAAAACUUCGGUUAUCCAGACUUUCCUCAAGUCGUACAAGCAUGACUAUGUACCCUUUAACAAUGGUCAACGUCUCCGUAUCAUUGACAGCAUCAGUGAGCUCUCAUUCAGCAAACGACAUCAUUAUGCUGCGUUCGUGCGCGGUCAAGGUAUUCUUGUUGUGUGGGACGAAAAUCCCACCGAGCUUUUCGACCGAGCGGAAAUGAUUCAGAAAUACGUUGUGAAUAUGUUGUGGUCCAUGGAUGACAAUGAGACCGACGACGACGAAGAAUAUGAAAUCGACGACGAAAAGUACGCAAUCACCACCUCAAACCCUCCCGAAGUUGCUUCCACCGAUUCAAUUCUGGACAUGGAAUUGAAGGCCUGGGACAAACCGAGAAAGACCGUUCUCUACCAAGCAUUCCUGGUAGGUAUAGUCGCCAUCCUGACCAUUUUCUGUCUCGCGAUAGGAUGGAGACGAAUUGCCAUCGAAAUAACAAUCGACCACAGCUAUACUCGACUCGCCAUACUUGCAGCUGCGCCCUUGGAGCUAUGGCUGGGAUGGUUUUUUUUCAUGACAUUGGUGAACGGUGUCUCACAGAUACUCGGUCCGGUCUCUCAGUUGACUACAAACUCGAAAUUUUACUCGGCGAGGCCACCAGUACGUCUUACCAACGUGGAUCUUCCUCACGUUACCAUUCAAUGUCCUGUGUACAAAGAGGGUCUCGACGCCGUCAUUCAUCCUACGAUGGUGUCUAUCAACAGAGCCAUCUCUACUUACGAACUUCAAGGCGGCAGUGCCAAUAUCUUCAUCAACGAUGACGGUAUGCAACUAAUACCCGAAGAAGAUGCUCGAAAACGAUUUCAGUACUACGAAGACAACAACAUCGGCUGGGUUGCGCGUCCCAAGCAUCAACCAAAGGGUGAUGAGAAUGGGGAAAACGUAUAUGUUCGUGCUGGCAAGUUCAAGAAAGCGUCCAAUAUGAACUACUGUCUUCACGUGAGCAACCGCAUCGAGGACAAAAUGGCGCAGACAACUCGCACACCUGCGUGGAAUCAGGAAGACGAAGACCAACUCUACCAGGCCUGUUUUGACCACGUCAUCAAAGAGGAUGCGGGUCGAACGUGGGGCAACGGCGACGUGCGAAUAGGCGACUAUAUCCUGAUCAUCGACUCGGACACUCGUGUUCCCGAAGAUUGCCUUCUCGACGCCGUCUCGGAGAUGGAGGCCUCGCCAGAAGUUGCGAUCAUCCAAUUUUCCUCGGGCGUGCUCAACGUGACGACCAGCUUCUUCGAGCGUGCAAUCACCUUCUUCACUAACCUUGUCUACACCGCGAUUCGCUUUGCCGUAGCCAAUGGCGACGUCGCCGCUUUCGUUGGGCAUAACGCUAUCCUGCGCUGGUCCGCUGUCCAGGACGUCCGUUACUCGGAUGCAGCCACGGGCGUGGAGAAGUACUGGGCAGAAAACACCGUGUCUGAGGAUUUUGAUAUGGCCCUGCGUCUCCAAGCGCUAGGCUACACCCUCCGCUUCAGUACCUACUGCGGCGAUGGGUUCAAAGAAGGCGUGUCUCUUACGGUCUACGAUGAGCUAGCCCGGUGGGAGAAGUACGCUUAUGGUUGCGCCGAGCUGCUUUUCCAGCCUUUUCGAUACUGGCUGACCCGCGGACCCAUUACACUCAUGUUCAGGCGCUUCAUGCGGAGCCCGAUGAGCCUAAUGGGCAAGAUUACUAUCAUGUCCUACAUCGGUACCUACUUCGCCAUCGCCUCGGCAUGGCCGCUCACGCUAAUGAACUACUUUCUCAUCGGCUGGCUGAACGGAUAUAUCGACCAGGCGUACGUAGACUCAUUCAAGAUCUAUUUUGGUAUUGUGGUCGUGUUUCAGGCGCUUGGCACGGUCAGUCUGGCUGUUUUGCGGUAUCGGACGGAGAACCGGUCUCUUCUUGGGUCGCUGUUCGAGAAUCUCACCAACCUGCUGCUGCUGACCGUGUACCUCGGAGGCAUAAGCUUGCACGUUUCGCAGGCCAUCUUGUGCUACCUGUUCAGUAUCGACAUGACAUGGGGCGCGACGGCGAAGGAGGCGGAAAACACGUCGUUCUUUCGCGAGAUCCCGGUCAUCUUGAAAAGGUUUAAGUUCACUUUCUGCUUUUGCAUCGUCACGAUUGCUACCAUGAUUAUCCUAGCUGGCGUUGGGCCAGUGGGACAUUUCGUCCCGUAUGACUGGAGGAUCACCACUUUCACGGCUAUUUUCCCGUUGGCAAUUCUGACGACGAAUCAUUUCUUGUUGCCGUUGGUAUUGAACCCCGGGUUGAUGCAAUUUACUUUCUGAUUCUACGGACGGUAUGGACGAUUUCUUCAGACCAUGGAAUCGGAUAGGCAAGCUCACGGCGUUUGGAGUCUGGCAACCAACCCAAUUGAUUCAAGUGCGGGAAAGAAUUACAUAAGAGCUACUAGAAGUAGAUUUACCCUGAAGGGGAGAGAAGAAAUGGCACAGCAUUCUCAAUCGAUGCAAAA